CAAGAUUCAAAGUACGUUUAAACGAUUGAAUGAAAACAGUAAUUAUUAUUGAUUAUGGUUAUGCAUAAAAUUAAAACUUCUAAUUUUCGCUGUUUAACUUUUCUAUUGUAUUUUUUUUUUGAACAUCGAGGCUGACUCAGCAUCCACGUAAGCAAAACAAAAAAAAAAUCGCAUGACAGUGACUGUUAUGACGGAGUAAACUCCAAGUCGUCGUCGGCGGCGAUUGAUUGAAACUUGAAAGCAAUGGUUGAACCGGAGAGAACGAAGCACACAUGUCUCCGACUUGAAAUCUCCGGCGCCUAUCCGAUUUUCGUCAAAGGCACUUGGCAUCACUCUCGUUUCGAUAUCUCCGUCACCGAUGGCUCCUUCUCUUGGGUUUGCAAUGCGACUGAGGAGGAGGUGGCGGAUCGAGCGGCACAAUGGGAUCAGCCGGUAUCGGAGUAUCUCCAGCUCGCCGAGCGAUACUUGGGGUUUCAGCAGCCCGAUUCCGUCUACGGUUUCUCCGAUGCUCUUGAAGGAUGUAAACGGCUCUCUUGGACUUUCGAGAAGGAAGGAACUAAACUCGAAUGGCGGUGGAAAUGUAAACCAUCACAUGACAGCAAGAAGACCACAGUGGGGAUCUUAGAUUUUCUCAUGGAGGCAAAUAUAAGGCUAAGUGAAGAAGUUGUGAACAAGACAAGAUCUUUUGAGAAGAUGAAAAGUGAAGCCGAGAAAUGCCUAGCGCAAGGUGAAAAGGUCUGCAAAGAAAAAGUGGAGUUUGAGGAUGCAACUUAUGCAAAGGCAUUCUUUGUGAAAGGGUAUUGUCAUUUCGUUUCUGUGUUAAACACAAAGAAGGCAAAACUCAGAGCACUAAGGGAUAAAGAAGAUUCAGGGAGAGCAGUUGAAGAGGAAGAGUCAACGGACAAAGCUGAAAGCUUUGAGAGCGGAAGAAGCGAUAAUGAGCAGAGCGAGGAAGAAGCCUCAAAUAAGGCAACAACAAGCACCAAAGCACGUGGCCGGAAGAGAGCUGCACGCAGCUAAGAGAUUUCCAAGUUUUGUUCAAAGCUCAUAGCUAGGAAAAGACGAACAUCUUUUGGUUGAAAAAUUCGCUGGAAUUUUUAUUUGCUUGUGAAUGUAACUAUUUGUGGUUAACAUCACUAAUACUUAUUAGAACAAAAAUUAACAUGAACAUAAUUUAAGGUUUAGGUACAUUAGAGAAGCCGUAAAAACAUCAAUGAUGUUCAUUGUUCUUUGAUUGAAAAGUGUAAAUCUCUAGGAUCAAUGCAUACUCUAU